CUUCAUAACUGGUUUAGAAUAUAACCAAUAAUAAUCUCCCUGCUGCUAGUGCUAGCUUUCCUCUUUCUAAAACCCUCCACUCCACCACUAUGAACGGCAGCGUUACGGCCAGCGAUGUCGCCCGAGCCAUCGUCGCCGCCCUCGGCUGGAACUCUUCUUCCGACGAUCGCAAAUCGGCACUCUCAUACUUAGAAUCUGUAAAAGCUGGGGAUGUACGUGUUUUGGCAAGCACGUCGUUUCUUUUAGUCAAGAAAGAUUGGCCUUCUGAAGUUCGUUUGCAUGCAUUUAAAUUGUUACAGCAUUUAGUGCGGCUACGGUGGGAUGAACUAAGCUCUGAAGAAAGACGAGAGUUCGCAAAGGUUUCUAUUGAUUUAAUGAAUGAAAUUGCAAACAGUUUCGAAGAGUGGGCUCUAAAAAGUCAGACAGCUGCUCUCGUUGCUGAGAUAGUCAGGAGAGAAGGCGUGAGUUUAUGGCAAGAACUUGUACCGUCUCUGAUAUCUAUUUCCAGCUCUGGUCCAACACAUGCUGAGAUGGUAUGUAUGAUGCUGAGGUGGCUUCCCGAAGAUAUCACUGUUCAUAAUGAAGACUUGGAAGGUGAUCGUCGUAGACUGUUGUUACGCGGGCUAACUGAAUCUUUGCCUGAAAUUUUGCCAUUAUUAUAUACAUUGUUAGAGAGACACUUCGGAGCUGCCAUGACUGAAGCAGGUAAGCAACAAAUUGCCAUUGCUAAGCAGCAUGCAGCUGCAGUGACCGCUACUCUUAAUGCUAUAAAUGCAUAUGUUGAGUGGGCCCCUUUGCCCUAUCUUGCAAAGUAUGGCACGAUCCAUGGUUGUGGCUUUUUACUCUCUUCUCCUGAUUUCCGGGUUCAUGCUUGUGAGUUUUUCAAGCUUGUAUCUUCAAGGAAGAGACCUGCUGAGGCAGAUUCUGAUUACGAUCCUGCAAUACGCAGCAUUCUUUUGAUAUUGAUGAACGUGUCUACAGAUUUCUUGAACAUAUCAGAGUCGGGUUCUGGGAUCAUGAACGAUAAUGACUUUGAGUUUGCAGAGUGUAUAUGUGAGAGUUUGGUGUCUUUGGGUUCUACAAACUUGCAAUGCAUCACUGGUGACAAUGAAAUAUUAUCUCAAUAUCUACAAAAGAUGAUACAAUAUUUCAGACAUUAUAAGCUUGAGCUUCACCAUCAGUCUCUUAUAUUCUGGCUGGGGUUAAUACGUGACUUGAUCAUGAAGCCAAAAACUUCAGCUGGAGACAGCUCAGCUGACAAUCUAGCAUCGACUGAUAAUCAUAAGCAAAAGAUCUUACCUUUUGUGAAUGAUGAGAUCUGUAGUGUCAUGCUGGAUAUAUCCUUUCAGAGAAUGCUUAAGAAAGAAAAAGUCAACCCCGGAAAUGAAUUUCCAGGUGGGCCACUUGAAUUAUGGAGUGAUGAUUUUGAGGGCAGAGGAGACUUUGGUCAAUACCGUUCAAAGCUGUUGGAACUGAUUCGACUUAUCGCUUCUUUCAAACCUGUUAUAGCCGUUACCAAAGUUUCUGACAGAGUUAGUAUGAUCAUCAAGAGCCUUCUUCUUGCUCCACUGCCUUCUCAGAAUUUGGCGACACUAGAGAGCAUGCAACUUGCUGUAGAGAAUGUUGUGGCGGCUGUUUUUGAUGGUUCAAAUGACAAUGGGAGUGGCUCUGAUGCUCAACUUGCUUCAUGCAGAAUACUAGAAGGUUUACUUCAGCAACUUCUUUCUUUAAAAUGGACCGAACCUGAGUCAGUUGAACUACUUGGACACUAUUUUGAGGCGCUCGGUCCUUUCUUGAAGUACCAUCCUGAUGCUGUCGGAAGCGUCAUCAAUAAAUUGUUUGAGCUUCUAAACUCAUUGCCAAUUGUUAUGAAGGAUCCUUCAAUCAGUGGAGCUAGACAUGCAAGAUUACAUAUUUGCACAUCCUUUGUUCGAUUAGCCAAAACAGUUGACACCAGUCUUUUACCGCAUAUGAAGGGCAUAGCAGACACGGUAUCGUAUUUACAAAAGGAAGGCCAGUUACUUCGCGGGGAGCACAAUCUUUUUGGUGAAACGUUUCUUAUUAUGGCAUCUGCAGCUGGACCUCAACAACAGCAAGAAGUUAUGACCUGGUUGCUCGAGCCUUUGAGUCAUCAGUGGACUCAACUUGAAUGGCAACAUGCGUACUUAUCUGACCCUGCAGGUCUGAUUAAACUGUGUGGCGAGACACAAUUUAUGUGGUCAUUAUUCCACACUGUUACGUUCUUUGAGAAAGCACUUAAGAGAAGUGGCGCUAAAAAAACCAGUGUGAACAAUGAUACUACUGCAUCAUCUGUUCCACAUCCAUUGGCUUCUCAUCUUCCCUGGAUGCUUCCGCCUCUGCUCAAACUUCUCCGUGCGGUACAUUCUCUUUGGUCGCCACCUGUAGCUCAGAUGUUACCUGGAGAAAUAAAGGCUGCUAUGGCUAUGAGUGAAGUUGAGCGAACCGGUCUCCUAGGGGAAAUUAACCCUAAAAUGUCCAAAGGUGGAAUUACUUUCGCCGAUGGCAUCCCCGCGCAUAUGAAGGAUGGAAACGCAGAACCAAACGAAACCGAUAUCAGGAACUGGUUAAAGGGUAUUAGAGAUAGUGGGUAUAAUGUAUUGGGGCUAUCGACAACAGUGGGAGAAUCGUUUUUCAGAUGCACAGAUGUUGACGCCGUUGACUUAGCACUAAUGGAGAAUAUUCACUCAAUGGAGUUUAGACAUAUAAGACAGCUUGUUCAUUCUGUUAUAACACCGUUGGUCAAAAACUGUCCAUCUGAUCUGUGGGAUAUAUGGUUAAAGAGGCUCUUGUAUCCCCUGCUUGUAUAUUCUCACCAGGCUUUGCGGUGCUCAUGGUCUGCUCUUUUUGAGGAAGGGAGAGCCAAAGUUCCUGAUGUUUGUGGAGUUAUAGGUGGGCCCGAUUUAAAAGUUGAAGUGAUGGAGGAAAAGCUACUUCGGGCUUUGACCCGUGAAAUUUGCUCACUACUUUCGGUUUUAGGUUCACCCGGAUUAAAUUCUGGGCUCCACUCUGAGCAGUUGCCUACCGAUUCUGAUGUAUUGUCUAAGUCUGUAGUUGGGUUUCUCUUACAGAACAAGGAUAUAGCAGUUCCACUUUUGCAUAUGUGUUUAGAUGCUUUUAGAUGGACAGAUGCCGACGCCACGACGAAGGUCACUUCCUUCUGUGGGGCCAUAGUUUCUUUGGCUAUCUCAACAAACAAUACUGAACUGAGACAGUUCGUUUGUAAAGAUUUGUUCUCUGCAAUAAUCCAAAGUUUAGCUCUAGAGUCAAAUGCAAAUGCAAAUACCAGUGCCACCCUUGUCGGUAUCUGCUGUGAAAUAUUUGUAAGCUUCUGUAAGCAAGAUCCCGCACCCAGACAAAUUUUGCUCUCGCUUCCUUGCAUUGGGCCUCAAGAUCUGCUUGCCUUUGAAGAAGCAUUGGGAAAGACCAGCAGCCCUAAGGAACAAAAACAGCUUAUGAAAAGCUUGUUGUUGGUUGGUACUGCAAACCAGUUGAAAGCCCUCGCUGUUCAAAAAGGUCAAAAUUUAAUCACAAAUGUUGUCGCAAGACCUCGAAGCACGCUACCUCCUUCAGAAUCCAGAACAGAUGACGGAAGUGCAAUUGGAUUGGCUGCAAUUAUGUAAGGUUGAUGUUAUUAGCUUGGUGGUCAUAUGUACACAACAAAGCUUUUUUUUUUCGAAUACACACUAAAACAAACAGUUAUUAAAAAAUAACUAUCGAGCCGUAUGUAACAAAAUGUUAUAAUCCUUAAAAUCGUGUUUGCCGGCUAAAUGUUAUUGGUAUGCUAGUAUUCUGUUUCAGGUUUUAGUGUGAAGUUGCAAUUCUUGUAUCCAAUUUGGAUGUAGCAUUUGUACUUUUUAUAAUAUGUGUCGGAUUGUUGGUUAA